AUGUCCGCCCCAAAGACCAUGAAGGCCGUUGUGGAGAACGAUGCUGAGGAUGGCGUGGUAGUCAAGGAGAUCCCCAUCCCUCCGCUGGAAGACAACGAGAUUCUAGUAAAGGUCGACCAUGUGACGCUUCACGUAGCGGCUCUCAGCACGACCGGCAGUAUCAUCGGCUGCGACUAUGCCGGUACCGUAGUUGAGGUUCCAGGAUCUGUCUCGCACAAGCGGGACCACAUCAAGAUCGGGUCUCGGGUCGCGGGGUGGGUCCACGGUGGACUGUUCAAGGACCGAGGCGCGUUUGCGCAAUACCUCAAAGUUCCGGCGGAUCUUACCUUUCCCAUUCCGGACGAUAUGCCAUCCGACCAGGCAUGUACUUUUGGCAUUCCGUUCUAUACUGCCUUCCACGCGCUCAAGCAUAGUCAGAAGGGGAACUGGCCGCCUGGAAAGGACCACAGCUGGUUCCUCGUGUAUGGCGGCUCCUCUGGCGUCGGCCUGUUCACGAUCCAACUCGCCAAGAUGAUGGGCCACAAAGUAAUCACGGCCUGCAGCGCAGGUAACUUUGACCUCGUGAAGAGCUACGGCGCCGACGCCGUUGUCGAAUACAAGGCCGGCGAGAACGCGAUCAACGAAAUCAAACAAAUUACGGGCGGCGGAGUACACAAGGCAUUGGACUGCAUCUCCCUACCUGAAAGUAACGCAUUUACCAUCGCCUGCUUUGCGCCUGGCAAGGGACAGAUGAACGUCAUCCUACCUCCCGACGCGGCCGCUGUUUCUGUUCGGCCAGAUGUGGACGUGCAGUCUACCCUGCUUUACACUCUUUGGGGACGGGCGUUCGAGUUUGGUCCGCGGGCGGGACCCAAGAUGCCCCUGCCGGCGCUUGCGGACGACCUCAAGUUCCACCGCGAGCUCGUCGCGCGUAUUCCCGAGUAUAUCAGCCUUGGGUUCAAGGCGCCGCCGAUUGAGAAGAGGGGCGGGAUUGAUGACAUUGCCCAAGGACUCGCGGAUAUGCGCGAGGGCAAGCUUAGUGGGUCGCGGUAUGUCUAUACUAUCGCGUAG